AUGUUGGACGGGUUGUUUAUGUUGCUCGCGCUGAGUGUGGUGAUGGUUUUGGCGUCGUUCCUCGCCGGCGCCCUCCCAUUGUCCAUGACACUGUCCUCGUCCCAAUUGCGCCUCAUCUCCACCAUUGGCAUGGGUGUACUUGUUGGGACUUCACUCGUUGUCAUUAUCCCCGAGGGAAUCGAAGCUGUGUAUACGGCGGGAGAAGUUGGGCGUUUAAAUACGAGGAGAGGGCAUCAAUCGCAAGGGAGAGGCGAGGUGAGGUGGGUGAGCACCGGUGUUCAUACCGUCCUUACUCGAGAUCCCCUCGCCAUUGAAGUGCUCCCAGCAUUCAUUGCUUCUCGCAAAGAACUGCAAGAGAAAACAGACGAACCAGCAAACAUAUCCCCCCCAGCUGCAGAGACUCCUCCAUCAACAUCCACCCCGGAAACCACCCCUCCCCCGCCUGCAGGGCAAGAAGACCACCAUAAGGACCCUCCAACCUUCUAUAUAGGCCUCUCCCUAAUCCUAGGCUUCAUCCUCAUGUUCCUCGUCGAUAAAAUCCCCCGCCACGCUCAGGAACACAUCCAACAACCUCCCGCAACCCGGCACAUCUCCCUCUCGAACCUCUCCACCCUCUCAUCCCCCGCGUCUCCCUCAGACGAAUCAUUCCUCCAAUCCCUUGCUCCAACACCGAAACAAACCCGCUCUCUAGCUACCACCACCGGCCUCGUAAUCCACGCUGCAGCCGACGGCAUCGCCAUGGGCGCCUCGGCCAGCAGUUCGAACACCAAACUAGGCUUCAUCGUCUUCGUGGCGAUCAUGAUCCAUAAAGCUCCCGCGGCAUUCGGACUGACGAGUGUUUUAUUGAAGCAGGGACUGAGCAAACGGGCUGCGAGAGGACAUCUUAUCAUUUUCAGUCUGGCCGCUCCGUUUGGCGCAGUAAGCACCUGGCUGAUCGUUAAUAUUUUGGGCGGUGAUCACAUGGAAGGGGAAAGGGGGCAAUGGUGGACGGGUAUGCUGUUAUUGUUCUCUGCAGGUACAUUUUUAUACGUCGCCAUGCACGCCAUGCAGGAAGAUUCUUCCGAGCACUCCCACCCCAGCUCCAACGUCUACGCAGAGAACACCUCGCCGCGCAAGCUGCAAAAGCCACAGAUGAGAGACACUCUUGCUGCGGUUGGGGGAAUGCUAAUCCCGCUGUUGACGCAGAUUGGACGUCAAUAUUAG